AUGGGAGGUUUGGAUAAAUCUAAACUUGAAGAGAUAGCUGUCCAGCUAAGGAAAGUGUGGCUGAGAAGGAACACUUUAGUGUUUGAUAAGAGACUCACAUGCCCAAAAAUGUUGUUAUCAACAUCAAUUGAGUCACUGAAGGAUUUCAAACAGGCAAAUAGUUUGGCCAACAGUAACAAUGAAAUUCAGCAGAGUGAACUUUCAGUAAACACGACUAGGUGGAUUCGACUUGCAGCAAAUUUUGUAAAGGCUUUGCUUGCAGCCUGCGAUAGUAGAAGGAAUGUUUUGUCACCAGAGAUUGCAGAGUGUCAAGCUCUAUGGAGGGCUAUGCAGUUGUGCAAUGAUCUCAAUAUCCAGAAUGCUAUCUUUGAAGGGGAUGCCAAGGCUGUCAUAAUGGCAGUUAAGGGUGAUGAAGAAAAUUUUUCUUACUUUGGUUCUUUAAUUGAUGAUAUUAGGAAUGUAUUGAGUUUUAGGAAGAGCUGGUCUUUACAAUUUGAUUACAGAGAUAAGAAUACAGUUGCACACAAUCUGGCAAAGGCUGCCUUACACAUAGUUGAGGAAAAAGUUUGGAUAGAAAUUGUUCCAGAUUUUAUUGUAAAUAGUCUGGUUUAUGAUAGAAGAUAUAUGCAGGAUACUCAUAUAUGA